AAUGAGCAACAUGUCAUUUUCUCAGAUUCUACAGAUUUAACAAAGAUAGUAAGAAAAGAAAGAGUAGGAAUCACUAAAUUUACACAGUGGAUGGAAACAAACAAGAUGUGUGAAGAAGCCAGAGAAUUAACAUAUGCAGAGUUCCCAUCAAAAUGGGCAUGGAAGAAGAGACGAAGUGGAGCAAAAGGAAGAAAGGAAGAUCAGUUGGAAGAAUAUAUUGUGCCCAUCCAGCAACCGGAGAAAAAUACUACAUGCGAAUGCUACUUAACGUCAAAAAAGGAUGCACAUGUUUCGAAGACAUCAGAACAGUAAAUGGAGUUGUCCACACAUCAUACAAAUCUACUUGCGAAGCACUAGGAUUCCUCGAUGACGACAAAGAGUGGCUUGAGUGCAUCAAUGAGGCAUCAAACUGGGCGACUGGCAACCAGCUAAGACAACUAUUCACAACAAUCUUAUGCCACUGCGAAGUCACAAGCCCGAAAAAUAUGUGGGAAUCAUGCUGGGAAGUUCUAAGCGAAGACAUGGAGUAUAGACAGAGAAAACUCUUGAACCAUCCUACGCUUUGCCUCACAGCUUCACAGAAGCAAGGAAACACCUUGGUGGAAAUAGAGAAGUUAAUGAGACAAGCUGGAAAGACACUUAAGGAAUACCCCGGAAUAGAACUUCCAGAUUCUUCAGAAAUAAAAGAACUUGGAAACAGACUACUCAAUGAAGAGAUUAACUACAACAAAGAGGAGCAAAAAGAAGAGCAUUCAAGGAUCUUUGGUAGUCUGAACUCUGAACAACGUCAUGCAUUUGACUCAGUAAUGGAAUCAGUUGACAAAGAUUUGGGAAAACAAAUAUUUGUGGACGGAUAUGGUGGGACAGGUAAGACAUAUCUGUGGAAGGCAAUCACAACAAAGCUGCGUUCCGAAGGCAAGAUAGUACUAGCAGUGGCGUCAUGUGGUAUUGCAGCUCUGCUUCUACAGGGAGGUAGAACAGCACACUCGAGGUUCCACAUCCCCCUAAUCCUUACAGAAGAGUCAACAUGUGACAUCAAACAAGGUUCACACUUGGCAGACCUACUAAAGAAGACGUCGCUGAUACUACGGGAUGAGGCUCCAAUGGCAAACAAGAUAUGUUUUGAGGCGCUAGACAGGACUCUAAGGGAUAUAUUAAGGCAUAAAAAUGUCAACAGCAGCAAGAGACCAUUCGGUGGCAUGACAGUGGUUCUAGGAGGGGACUUCCGCCAGAUCCUUCCUGUUAUACCAAAGGGAAGAAGACACAACAUAGUCACUGCAUCCAUUAAAAGGUCAUAUCUUUGGAAGCACUUUCACAUAUUGAAGCUAACAAAGAACAUGCGACUCAACUGCACAACACAUGAUGAAUCAGAGAAACAACGGGUAGCAGAAUUUGCGGAGUGGAUUCUGAAUAUUGGCGACGGAACAAAUACAUCAUCAGAAGGUGAGGAAUUGAUAAAAAUACCAAGUGACAUACUACUGAAGAAAGGAAAUGAUCCAAAAAAAAACAAUUGUGGAAAGCAUAUAUCCAAAUUUGCAGGAGAGGUAUCGUCAGCGAGAAUUCUUAGAAGAAAGAGCAAUAUUAUGUCCAAGGAACGAAACAGUUCGCGAUAUAAAUGAGUAUAUAAUGGAUCAGCUACAAGGUGAAGAGAAAACUUAUCUAAGCUACGACACGGUAUGCAAAGCAACAUCCUUAAAUGCACAAACAGAACUGUUAUAUCCAACGGAAUUCCUAAACAGCUUACCGUUCCCUGGAAUCCCAAAUCACGAGCUAAAAUUAAAAGUUGGCAUACCUGUGAUGCUCCUACGUAAUAUCAACCAAAGUGCUGGGUUAUGCAAUGGUACAAGGAUGACUAUUAUUCAACUUGGAAGAAGAUUCGUCGAAGCACAGAUAAUAACAGGAACACAUGUGGGAGAAAAGGUGUAUAUUCCAAGAAUAGUCAUGUCACCAACUGAAUCAGCGUGGCCGUUCAUUCUAAAAAGGAGACAGUAUCCUAUAUCAAUAUGUUUUGCUAUGACUAUCAACAAAAGCCAGGGUCAGUCUCUAAACAAGGUAGGACUAUAUCUGCCUACACAAGUUUUCACACAUGGACAGCUAUAUGUAGCAUUCUCAAGAGUCACAAAAAGAGAUGGACUGCGCGUAAUGGUAAAUGAUGAAGAUAGCAAUGAGGAUGAUGUCGUCAAGAACAUAGUCUAUAAAGAAAUUUUGUAAAGGACGAAUAUGGUCUACUACCGUGCAGAAGUAUUGGAACAUGCAUUGACAUUUGGUGGAAAUAGUUCCUUAAUACCAAACAUCGACAAUCUAUAUUAUGUGAUAUCUGAUGCUUGAACCUUAUUAUAUAUUACAAACCAGUAGUGAGAGCAUCCGCACAUCCUUA